AGCAAUGUUUAAUUUUGUUCAGUCUGUGGUGUGAAAAGGUUGCAUUAGCAAUUCAGGAAAAAAAAACACGUAAGCAAAACAUGGUCGGGUCAAAGUGUCUGAAAAAUUUUUGCUCCCAUUUUUAUCUAUCAAUUUCACUAGUACUCCUCUGUAUGAAGAUUUUUGGGGUAUGUCACAGCUCGCUUUAUUUAGCUAUACUCACUUACAUUAAUUAUAGUGUCCUGCACCUACUAUUAAAAUGUAAAAAAAAAAAAAAAAGUUUGGUUUGACUGUGCACUCAUUCUUGAUAAAACUACGAAGUAAUUCAGUCAAGAGCAGUGAGUGAUUUUCCGUCUUUCAUUUUCUUGGAUUAACAUUACCGCAGCUAGUAGCUAAAUUAAGCGCGGUCACUUUAAGAGACAAUGAAUGCAUCCUAUAUAAUAGGCUACACAUCCCAUUUGUUUCUCAACUGUUUUACUGCUUUACGUAAAUAACAGAAAAUAAAGUGCAGAAAAUGGUAGAUGUGUUUGCAUUUUUUAAGAAUAGAAUUAGAAUACUGAGUGUUAAAGUUAGAGGGUCAAAUAAAGAUGGAAGAGAUGUGUUUUAAGCCGAUUCUUGAGGAUGGCUAAGGACUCAGCUGCUCGGAUUGAGUUGGGGAGGUCAUUCCUCCAAUUAAAUGGAGGUAAACUUUUAAAAAAGCUUAAACCUUGCGUGUUUUCUCGCUCCAAAGCUCGCGUUUUUCUAAGCAAGUUUCUCUGUCUGAACGGUACAGUGACUGGCGCUUUAGAAACGCACUGCUUCGUGAACCUUUACGAAUCACUUGUUUUGAAUCAGUGAUUAGAAUCGUGUAUCAAACCCAAUCAAACAGCCAGAGUCAGUGGUUUCAGUAGAAGUUUCGUAAUUUAGGUUUAUGUAGCCUUCGAAAUAUCAGUUGUUCACCACUAGGAAAAUUUGUAGACAUUGUUAAUGACACGUAAUAAAAAGGAAGAAUACUCUCUAGACAAAGCUAUUUAAUACAAAAUAAGCUCGAAAACAAAUAAUAACACAUUUACAUAUUCAUGGCAUUAGAUGAUUGGCUUAUUGCAUUUAAUAGAUAUUAAUUUAACAUGAACAUUUAAUCAUUUAGCAGACGCUUUUAUCCAAAGCCACUUACAGAUGAGAAGAGCAAAUAAAAUCAAUUUAAACCAAUAGGAGGGCAACAGUAGACAAGUAUCAGUUAGUCUGACAUACCAGUUUUCCCCCAGAAAAAGAUACAAAUAGAAUAAGAACAUUUUAGUAAUAAAACAUGUUUGAAUAAAACAUUUGCAAGAUUGUUCAAUGCAUGUUUGGUCUGAGUUUUUGUUGCAUUGCGCUUGACAGAUGCGUUUGACCGCUGCAAGUUCAUAACAUAACGUUAAAUAUGAAAAGGAUCCACUAUAAACAGUCACACAAUACUGUCUUGAACAGAAGAUUUAGGGAUCACUUGAAAUGAAAAUAGCCUACUCUGGUGUGUGUGUGUGUGUGUGUGUGUGCGCGCGCGCGCGCGCGCGCGUGUGUGUGUGUGUAAGAGAGAGCGUUUGUGCGUGAGCGCGCUAAUGCGUUCAAGAUCGAUAUCAAAAACGUGUUCUGUGGGAAUGACCCUUCAUUAUGCAUUUACGUUUAUUAAAAAUGUUAUAAAUUAAAUUAACGUACUUCAAACAAAAAUGAUUACAAUCAUUAAAAAUUACUUUGUUUCAAAAUGUAUUUGUUAUCGAACAAAUCAGUCCCAAUUAAGGUAAAGUUAGACAGAAAUGACUAUAAGUGGAGUAUCGCGAGUCUUCAGUACACAAAAAAUGGCUUAAUAUCUAAACAUACUUGUACUUACAGUAGCCUUACAAGUUCAUUCAGUGAAGGAUUCCUCCGACUGAUUCAGAUUCAAACCAUGCGAUCAUGAAGCAUGAAAAUGAACUGUUUAACUUAAAGAAUAAUUUUUUUGAUGGUAAAACUGCACUCAAACAUAGUAAUGUUAAAUGUGAUUUUUUUCAUGCCGUGUUGCUGGAGAUGGAUCGCAGCAAACGCGGACAUAAACGCGAUAUGAAAUAGUGUUGAAAAACGCUAUUAAAAAUAAUUCUUUAUUUUCUGACCUAAUGAGCCAAUCAGCGAAAAUGCUGCUGUUGGUAAACAAUCCGUUUCCAUGGCAACUGGAACAAGACGCGUCACUGUUUCAUGACGUCACAGACCCAGUCAGUAUAAAAGGUCUCGCCCUGGCAGAAUCUUUUUAGUUCAGCGAUGUUCGCAACAGAGACGUUCGUCUGAGUGAAGUCUGCGAAAACAAACCUAGCAACACUUGUACAAACGCCAGUCCGUAUAGAUCGAGAUAUAUUUUAUCUGUACAGACAGUGUGUAUCAGAUAACGUUAAAGUUCAAACUGACAUUACCAGAUACGGAUUACUUAUCUGUCAGUAUGAGAACCACAGACACAAUGUCCAAAGACAUGAGAGAGGUGCUCCUGGAGGUGUACGUCAACGACGCCUUCUACUUCGGUGACAGCUACUGGGCAUCAGAUGAUAAAGAUGUUCAGCUGGAGUUUGAGAUCACCGAUGACAUCUACGACCUUAUCAGCGGCAGUGCAUCUCGAGAGCUAGAUGUGCAGCUGGAGGUUGUGACGGUGGAUCAUGUCUCAGGCAGAUACUGCAGUCCAGGAGAGAUGCGUGUGCAGCUGGAGGUUAAUGCUUGUGACAACAUCUCGGUCUGUGAAGUGAAAGAUUUGCAGCUGGAGAUGAACAGGAACGACAGCAUCUCAGAGCUGAAGAGUCCUACGCUGGUCUCUGAAGAUCUGAGCGACCCAGCAGGACCUUCAGUGGAAGAGGCCAAUGAUCAGGGUGUCCUGGAUGCUGAGAAGAGUCCAACAGGACUCACUGUUGGGGAGAUAACCAAGAAAAUGGGGGCAAUGUUCCAGCAAAUUUGGGCAGUUUUCCAGACAAAAAUGCCAGAAACUGUCGGGCAACCUGAAGUGGAUCUUCUCGAUCCAAAGGAAUCGUUUGUUCCAGAUCCAAGUGCUCCCAAGCCAGAACCUGAAUUGGAUCUGUUAGAUACAGAGCAAUCGUGUAUCCCUGAACCAGAAGUGGAUCUUGUUGUUCCUUCUGAACCUAAACUGGAUCUGGUUGAUCCGGAGGAAUCACGUGCCAGCCCAAAAGAAACUACCAAAGCCGUGAAGAAUAAGAAAGUUCAUGGCUUCGUUGUAACCAAGAGAGUAGGAUAUGCUACAGUGAGGAAUACGAAAAAAACCUUCCUCCAGAACGACAGAUCGAACUCAGCAUGGCCUGAGAUGGAUCUGAAUGUUGGUGAACCAAAACCUAUUGAGGAUUUGGUUGCUCCUCCUAAAUGGGAUCUGGUUGAUGCAGUGGAACUGUACACCACGAGUCCUAGCGUUCCUGAGCCGGACUCUGAGGAGGAUCUGGAUGAUCCUCUUGAACGUGAAUGGGAUAAGGACUCGAUGGAAUUAUAUGCCCCGGGUUCAAGUGUCCCUGAGCCAGACCCUGAAGAGGAUUUGGUUGAUUCAGUGGAACUGUACCUCCCGGGUCCAAGCGUUCUCAAGCCACGACCUGAAUGGGAUCUGGCUACUCCAGUGGAUUUGGGUGCACCAAGUCCAAGCGUUCUUGAGCCAGAGUCAACAGUGUUAUCUGAACUUGCAAGUUUGGAAAACUACGUCCCUUUAACCAUGCUCCAACUAGAGGAUCGUUUGAAGCAGUGUACACUGCUCAAACAAAGACAUGUCACCAAUGUCUGGCCCAGGGUCUUCAUCGGAGACGAAGAGGCCGCAACAGACCGAGAUAUGCUGCAGGAGAUGUGCAUCACUCACAUUCUGAACGCUGCAGCGCCCAAAAAGGACUUGAACUACUUCUUGGGAACAUCUUAUGUUGAAGAUCUAGAAGGAACAGUCAAUACAGGGUCCAGAUAUUACAGAGGCUUGCACAUCAAUUAUUACAGCUUGCCUACAACGGACAGACACUGUUCUGACAUCAGCAAGUGCUUCAUGCCAGCUGCAAAAUUCAUUGACAAGGCCGUGAAUAAACCAGGGAGUAAGGUGUUGAUUUGCUGCAAGCAGGGUGUCGACCACUCUGCGACUCUGUUUCUGGCAUAUCUGAUGAUCUGCCAUGACAUGAUGGUGGAGGAUGCCAUUGAUCACGCCAUACAGUCGAGACGCAUCCAGCCCUCCAGAGACUUCCUGAAGAAGCUGAUGCUCCUCAAUGCUGACCUUGUGAACAAGCGAAAACUAAAGUUAGAGGACAUAAAAAAAGGCAAAAAGAGGAGAAAAUGGCAGCUAAAAAAAAAGUGUAGAAAUAUACUAAAAGAUAUAAAAGAAAAUGUUCACAUCUAGAAAUGUCAAUAAAAUGAAUGGAUAAUGUCCUGAUAAUGAGCUGCUUUGUUUUGUAAUAUAUUUAUUUUUUACAGUGCAAAUGAAUUUCUGCACUGAUCCAAUCAAAAUCCUAUCAGCAUUGUAUUUGAUGUAUUUUAUGUAUGUACUUUAAUGAAUUGCUUACAGUGCAAAUGAAUAAGUGCACAGAUAAAAAAUAAAUAGAGGCAUUGUUAGAUGCCAGUGUUUCGUGAUAUAAUUUCUAUGCAAAGAUUUGAUUAAAAAAAAUCUUUCAGUAUCAUAGCCAGGGCCAUAGCUGGGGUCAGCGGGGCCCCGGUGAAGGUUGUACCAGUGGGCCCUGUUUGAAAUUGUUUAAUUUAUAUGUUCAUGUUUAAGUUGUCUCAGGUGUGUAGGUGUCCAGGUACAGAAAACAAAGAAUUAAAUAUAAAAUAGCACUGCAUAGUCUUCACUGUAUACGUUUAAUUAACAGUCAAACCAAAAUGUAUUCAGACACCUUCAACAUUUCUUACAUUA